AUGAAGACCUCCAAAGCAGUUCAUAGAAACUCAAAUGGAGAUGAAGAGCGGUCUUCCCCGGAUGGAAAUGUUCUAAACGCCUCCUCCCGCUCCGCAUCCUAUACCGCAACCACCUGUUCUCGCGAUCCCCGACAAGAUAUGCUCCAGAGGGGUCGCAUUUCGUCGCUUAUCCAUGCCAUGGCGGCUCUGCAUCUCGACAACGGGAGGACGGAGGAGAUAGUAAAGAGAGAAUACGAGGUGCUUAAUCCAAUCAGAACAGCGCAAGUGCCUCGGCAUGCAGUGGGUCUGGAUAGCGAAUAUGUCUUUGUGGAUAAGUGA